AAUUGAAAAGCUGUUCUCCCUUCCGUCUCCCAAACCCCAAAUUGAAAAGCUGUUCUCCCUUCCGUCUCCCAAACCCCAAAUUGAAAAGCUGUUCUCCCUUCCGUCUCCCAAACCCACGGGUGUAAACAAAACGCCCUGGUUAGUGUCCCGCGAGCGGUCUUGGCGGAAAGUCUGUCGUCGUCUCCCUCUCCCGGUUUUCCUCUCGCGAUGCCCAAGAGACCUUGUCCCUUCGGGGAUUCCUUCAGUCCUCAGAUGAAAUUACAUGUAGGAGCCAAGGAGGUCGAUAAUGGAGUGAUGAGGAGCGAGAAGAUGAAGGCGGUUUAUGGUGAGAUGUUUUUGCGGCUCACAAAUAGUACAUUCCACCCUCGUUUACCAGUGGCAGUAUUGCAAGAGCCCUUUCCCAAAUGCCCACUAAGUGUAAUCAUCUUCCAAGAGCUGGCCCUCAGCAUUCAAAAUCCUGAGGUAAUUCUUCUUGAGACUUUGGCACUAACUGACCUCUUAAGAACUGUGCUCUCUGAAUAUGGCAGCGACGUGAUGACACCCCCCACUGUGGAGCGAAUGGAGACGGGCAUUGAAGUGCAGAAGGCCAAAGCUGCCAACACUCUCCACCAGAUGUGCCUCACUGCUCAAGGAACCCUCGCCAGACCUCAGCCGUUUGCCAAGAAUAUGGAGAUGCAACCAAAGAACAGAAGCUCAUGUGGUCACAGUCCAAGUUUAAGGCAGUCUGUUAUACCGUCGUGCAGUUACUGUGAAAGCCAACUGUGUGAUUCAUGUAUUAAGUCUUGUCAUUUCUGCCAAGGAAUAUUCUGUCCAAAAUGUUCAUUAACUAUAUAUCAAGAAGAAGAAAAGGUUUUGUGUCUCAGCUGCUGUUGAAGUUCUCUCCUGGUUACAAGUUGUAUUAAUAGAAAUUUGUAAUUGAUUCACUUUUAUUAUGUACCUGUGACUUCCCGGAUUUCAUGUGAUAACAUUUUUUUGUACUCUUUGUGAAUGCUUUAAAGUAUUUUGUCUGUAAAGAUAAUUACUAUGAAUUGAAUCUGAGAGUCCUUUUCAAUUGCCAUUCGUUUUAGUUGAUGUUCGUAGAUUACUUUGGUUGAUUGCGUUUUAAUCCUCAGGGUAAAGAACUUGCAUGUCUCAUUAUUUGGUUGAUUAAGAAGGAGAACAUUUAUUAGAGCGAUUAUGUAGUAAGCUUUUAGACAUAUUAAUAAAUAUCAAAAUGCAUUACA